UUAUAUAUGUUGACAAAAGUGACAAAACAAACUGAAUAUUUGUUAUUAUGCAGAAAUUCAUUUGGAUCCUAUGCUAACCUUCGUAAAUAAAUCCAAAACGCAAAGUAUGUGUUUUCUGAGUACUGCGUAGAAUAUAAAUUCGAAUAAAUUGUUGUUAAACUGUUUUAAGAAUACAUACAUUAAUACAUAUAUACGAACAAAUUUCGAAUUGCGAUCCUUUAUGGUCAAUUUAAUCUAGUGUUUAAAUUAAAAGGUGUCAUCUAAUAUAAUAUCGAUUGCUUUCACAAUCAACAUUAUAAGCCAUGAAAAUUAUAUUCAAUGUCUUUAAGAUUUAAUUUCCACCGUUUUACUGCAAUAAAGCUUAUUUGUUAUUCUACCCAGUCUACUCAGAAGAGAGCAGAUUAUAUAUAUAUUAAUAAUGAGUGCUACACAAAUAAAUUAUAGAUCCUUAAACGAGGAAAAUACGACUGUGAUUAAUAUCCAUGAGCUGGAAACGUCUUAUGAAGUUGAAGACACUCCCAGAAAUAGUGGAGUUUUGGUACACACGGUGCCAGAAAAAAACAAAACGCGAUGGAACCACAUACAGGAUUUAGAUUCAUUUUUUACAAAAAUGUAUCAAUAUCAUCAAAAGCAUGGUUUUUCUGUUAUCCUAGUUGAUGAAAUAUUCCAGUUAUUUGUCUUUACGUUUGUGAUAUGGCUGCUUGUGUUUACUGCAAAUUGUUUAAACCACGACAUGCUUUUCGGAAAUGUUCCGCCGCCAAAUAAUCAUUCAAGGGUUGCUAUAAACGAUGUAAUAUAUCCUGUGGACAAGUGCCUAGAGAGCUUCGGUAGUAUGACGUAUUUAAUCUUGAUUAUUUCGGCUCUUUAUUUCUUUAUUCGAACUGUCAAAUUUUUUUUUAAUAUAACACAAUACUGGGACAUCAAAAAGUUUUAUAACACAGCCCUUAAUAUAGGCGAUAGCGAUUUAGAUAAUAUAACAUGGUAUGAAGUAAAGAAAAAGGUACGCGAGGUGCAAGCGGAACAAAAUAUGUGUAUUGAUAAGGAUCAUUUAACCGAUUUGGAUAUAUAUCAUCGAAUAUUAAGGUUUAAAAAUUAUAUGGUGGCUUUAAUGAACAAGAAUUUAUUACCUGCGAAAUUUAAUAUACCUUUAUUCGGAGAAGUGGUUGGUCUGAGUAGGGGAUUAUUGUUUAACAUUGAUUUGAUUCUUUUUCGAAGUCCUGGAUCACCUUUUCAAAACAAUUGGCAAUUAAGAGAUGACUAUAAUAUUCGAGGAAAUCAAGUUGACCUGGCUAAGCGUUUGUCCAAGCUAAUAUUAUGGGUGGCAUUAGCUAAUCUUAUAUUCUCACCAUUGAUAUUCAUCUGGCAAAUAAUAUAUUUUUCCUUUACAUACGCAAAUAUUCUUAAAAAAGAACCUGGCGCCUUGGGGAUGCGAACAUGGUCUAAUUAUGGUCGUUUAUAUCUCAGACAUUUCAACGAGCUUGAUCAUGAGUUAGACGCCCGUUUGAACCGAGCUUAUGAAUAUGCCGAUAAGUACUUAAGCUCAUUUUCAUCGCCAUUAUUGGCAGUAUUUGCUAGAAAUAUUUUAUUUAUAAGCGGUGGACUCCUCGUUGUAGUGUUGGCUUUAGGAAUAUACAACGAAUUUGUUUUCCAAAUUGAACAUGUCGUAACAUUAAUAACCGUCUUGUCAGCAAUUGGACUAAUUUGUAGGAGUCUAAUACCAGAUGAUAAUUUAAUUUGGUGCCCCGAGCAGUUAAUGACAGCGAUUUUGGCACAUGUUCAUUACCUUCCAAGUUCUUGGAAAAAUAAGUCACACACAACACUCGUUCAAAAAGAAUUCGGAUAUUUCUUUCAAUUCAAAGCGAACUACGUCUUGUAUGAAAUAUUUAGUCCUUUGAUAACUCCCUUCUUGUUAUUAUUUGUUUUUCGACCGAAAGCUCUCGAAAUUGUAAAAUUCUUCAGAAGUUUUACUGUCUUCGUUAGGGGUGUUGGAAAUGUCUGCUCAUUUGCUCAAAUGGAUGUUCGAAAGUAUGGAAAUCCGGAAUGGCAAUUAGAUAACAGCGUUUUCAAUAAUAACGCUGAUGACAACAAUGAAAAUCAAAUUAGUUGCUGUCCGAAUAACGGCAAAAUUGAACUUUCAUUACUUCGAUUCACUUUGACAAAUCCUGAUUGGCAAAUGCCAUCCGAAGCUAUUAAUUUUGUAAAUGGAAUUCGGGAGAAUGCUAUCGCCGAAUUAAGUAAAGCGAAAACUAAAGACUUUCGUUUAAAUGCCUUAACAGAAAGUUUAAUUUCUUUUGGUACGAUGGGAGAUGAGUAUUCGUCUGUGGCGAGAUCUUUGUUAGAGCGAUGCAAUAUUAGAGAAAACAAUGAAUGCUUUAAUGAAAGAGUUUAUGACAUAAAUCACGCACAACGUCAAGACCAUUUCGAACAAAUGCUCCAACAAAAUCUUGGCGAAAAGUCCCAAUGCAACGAAAGAAUGAGGAGCAAGUCAGUUAAGGCAUUAAAUUCUUCUUUUGGAAGAAAUGAUAUGAAAAAACUUCGCACAAGUAAAUUAGAAGGCCGACUAGAAGGGCCAUCACAAUCUCUUUUGCACAGCCUCUAUGGACCUGAAUCACUUUGGGAGCACAGUCCUAGUGAUCUAACAAUUGCAGAUAUGUGUUUAAGUACCUUGUAUUUACACGAAAUUCAUAACAGAAAGCAAAAGUCUGAACAACCAAUCAAUGCAGCCACUAUUGAAUCAACUAAUAAACCAUCUGAGACCGUUCUUACGUCAAAUGUUGGUGAAACAACGCCACUCUUAACAGGAACAUAACAUACACCUAACUGGGUGUAAACAUAUAUAUAUAAUAUAGAAAUACCAAUGCAAAAAUUUUAAACUUGAAAAUAAGCAUUAAUAGUUUCAUCUACUCUUUUGCCGAUUAAGAUCGUAGAAAACGGACUUUUUUUUUUUUUUUUUUUUUAAACGUUUUAUUUUAGAAAGCACGAAGUCGUCUCCUCCCUUCCCCCCUUUGACAUAUUAAACUAAAACAUUAACUCGAGAGGAACGUUUGUGCAACAUUUAUAAAUUUAUUUUAAGAUCUCAAAAUGUGUUUCUAAACUCGCUUAACAUGUUUAAAA